CCAUAAAUAUUGAUAAUAACAGUAUAUUUAAAAUAUGCAACGUCUAAUGAAUUUUUGGCACGCGAAGACCUUGUAAGAUAGGAGAGGCUAUCCCUGCUGCUAUUACUAUGUAUUUUCUUUCUUAGUUUGUAACACAUAUAACAAUUUCUUGCUCUAAAAAAUAUAUUGUAUAUUAAUUUUAUUGACAACUCAUAAUGAAUUAUAAAUGAAUUACACGGGAAAAAAAAAAUAAACUUGUGAAUAUUACAAUGGCUCUUUAUAAUAUGCCUUUUUAUUCGACCAGAGAAAACUGUUUGUUAGAAAGCGUGAGUUUAUUAUGUGAUUAAAUACGAUAAUUAUUGUUUUAAUUGAAUAUGCACAUAUGCAUUUAUCCAUUUACAAAUAAUCUCUCUUUUUUUUUUUAAGAUAACUCUUUUGUUAAUGAAUUUACUUAUAUAUUCAUACAUUUGGUAUAUUAAAUAUUAACAUACUUCUGUAUUCAGUAAACAUGUUGGUAGCAUUAUUUGUAUAAUUGUUUAUAUUAUGACAUAUCAAAGUAUGAUAUGAAAAUGAACGAUAACAGCAAGUCGAAUGCAAUAAUAGAUAUAAAACGCAGGUUUCUAUCCGAAUGCACUGUACUAGAUGAUACGAAAAUUAUACUCAGGAAAGUACGUUCUGAGCCCGAAUUGGAAAAUAUUACAAAUUAUGAUGAUAUAUGUGGACCUUGGCAAUUUCAUAAUGUACCAUUGCAUAGUCAAUACGAUUGUCUACCUUCCAAAUUGAUAACGUCCGAAGAUGUAGCUUGCAUGAGAAAGCAGAGGGACAAAAAAUUAAUUUUACUAUUUCUCGGUAAAAAUUCGCAUUUUGCUUUAGAAAGAAUACUUUUGUUUAAUUACACAAUUGUCUCCUUUUAUGCAAUUUAUGUAAUAACUUACAGCUAUAAAGGAAUAAUAUUGCAUUUUAGAAAGAAGCUAUUCAAUGAUCAACAAAUUUCUACAGUUAUAGAAUUAAUAAUUUCGACUCAUAACUUUUUUCUUGCAAACUAUUGGAACACAGCUGAAGAACCAUAUAAAUAUUUCUUCGAACAUCUUCUUUUAUAUACCGUUAUGGUAAUUGUCUUAUAAUCGAAGUUUAAUUAUAAUAUACUGUAAUUAUAAUGUAUAUAUUAAUUUAUGUUGUACAUAUAAUAUAUAUUUACUCAGUAUCCUCAACAAUUCUAGGAUCCACCAUACUGUGCAGAAGUAUUCACACCAAACCAAGCUGAAAUAAUACUUGAAUUUUUUCACAAAAUAUAUAUAGAAAAUAUCGUGUUACUACAUCUUGUUUAUAUGACUCAUUACUGUAUUGUUGUGCAGCAGUGAUAAACAUAUUUGUACAUGUUACAAGAAACGUU